UAAAAGAGCUGGAGAUUCUUUUUACGCAGGAAUAAAUGCAACAUAGAAUGAAGAAAAUGAGCUGGGAAAUCUUUCUAACCAUUCUCCAAGACCAACAUUACCUCAGAAUUUCACACCACUGUAUAGUCCAAUGAGAUCGCAUAAUCACACAUCACCUCAUAGCUCGACGCGAUCUCAUAAUCGCACACCACCUUAUAGCCCAAGAGAUUUUCAUAGUCCGUCAUCUCAUAGUCGCAGUCCACUUUGUAGGCGAACAUUAUCACGUAGUCCACCACCUCGCACUCAAAGACCAUUUUUCGAUAGAACACCUUGGAUGUCACCUCCAAAUGUAACAGCUGAGGGCGGAAAAGCACCCAAUGGAUUACAUGAGCUCAAUUCAAGGUUGCAUCGUUGUGAAAGAGAGUUGCAGUCUUUAAAAAGCCAGCUUUUAACAAAAGACUUGCUCGAAAAUGGUAUUCAACGUGUAUUAAACACGAUUGAAGAAAAAAGACAAAACACGUCUACAGCCAAUUUAGCACCCACAGCUCAUGCGCCGGUACAUGAAGAUGGAAUGGACUACUUAUCCGCUUUGAACGCACCUGAUAUGAGGAAGCGAGCUAUUCGGGUAAUGUCAGUUUUCUGAACUAAAGAAAGGCAACAAAAACUGAUUAUUACAGCCGUCGCUGAAAGACCUGAUCUUCAAGUAGUAACGAGGCAGAAGUUUAUGAAAUUAAUUAGUAAGAAAUUUUUCGAAUUACAGUAAUGUACUUUAACAAACUAAUAUCGAAUCAAUUAUUAUUUUAUUGUCUAUCAUAGUUUGUCAGUUGCAACUUAGUUCCUUAAUGGCCGAUCAAGUUUGUAUUUUUUAUACC